CUGAUUUCUUAGUGCUGCCGGUAAAAAUGGCAACUGCUAUAUCGCCAUGUUUUACACCUUCAGAUGCUAGACCAAUGGGGGUACUUAAUGUUCUUGGAGGAAGAGUGUUAAUGGAGAAUCCUUUAGGGAGAAUUAGCUGCCUUAAACUGUGUGAUUGGAAAAGUGGGUUUUCAAGUGCCAGCCAAAGCUCUACCAUGCCUCAUUUUAGAUGUGCUGCCAACUCUCAAAGUGUCAGUCCUUAUCAAAACAAAUACCCGUUUCUGAAUCUGCACCCUGAAGUUUCAUUGCUUAGAGGUGAAGGGAACGCUACAAUAACCAACCCAAGAAAGGAUAGUUCUAGUGGAAGUGUCAUCGAGAGCUUAGGAGACAUGUCUGGUUCAAGUAAUUAUAAUGAAGCUAAGAUCAAAGUUAUUGGUGUUGGAGGUGGUGGGUCAAAUGCUGUUAAUCGCAUGAUAGAGAGCACAAUGAAGGGGGUAGAGUUCUAGAUUGUUAACACUGAUGUUCAAGCCAUGAAAUUGUCACCUGUCUUUCCUGAGCAUCGUUUGCAAAUUGGUCAGGAGCUAACUAGGGGUCUUGGUGCUGGUGGAAACCCAGAGAUUGGCAUGAAUGCUGCCAAAGAAAGUCAAUAGAAGAGGCUCUUUAUGGUGCUGAUAUGGUUUUUUUUUUUUUUUA